AUGAGUAAGACGUUUCCAUUAAGUUCUCGGAGUCCAACUACUUCGUUGAAACAACCUAAGGAAUUAUUUUGUUUCAUCAGGGAUAUAGAUGGUGAAUAUAUGUAUGAUGAAGAUAGGAUUAAUGAAGAGAAUUUAAAUUAUUAUUAUUUACCAGAUUCAAGUUUAAAUGGUACUAGAAUUGAUUUAAGUGCUGGAUUUAGUAAAUUUAAGAAGAUAGAUUAUGAUGACAACUUACCUAAUUUCAAAACAUACUUGCAAGCUAUUAAAAAUUACGAAAUUAAAAAUGGUAAUAGUAAAUUAAAAGCUAACAUUAUCACGUUUAGAGGUAUAAUGACUAGAUUAUUAACCUUACCAUAUAAUUCUCAAGAUUCAUUGGAUUUAAAUAUCGUCAAAUAUGAUGGUCAAAUAUUCAUAAAUUUAGAUCAUGAGAUUGAAAUCAAGAAACAUGAACAAGAAACCAAAGAAAGAGCCGCUUUACCAAUUGAUAAACAAGAUUAUCUUAAUAAAUGUGAAUUCAGUGGUUAUAAGUUUGAAACCAUCAGUACAUUACCUAAACAUUGGAGUGAUUGUUCUCGACAAUUGAUUGAACGUCGAAAUAAGAAAAUUGUUAAUAAUUUCGAACAAUACUUAUCUGUAAUUAGAACUGGGAUUGGGAAUAUUAAAAUGAUCUUGGUAGGUGAAGUUGAUGGACUUUGGGAUUAUAAACCAUUAGUUCAUCAAGAUGGAUCACCAUUAGAUCAUUAUAUUGAAUUAAAAACUUCAAAAGUGAUUGAAAAUAAUGGACAAAUUGUUAAUUUUGAAAAGAAAUUAUUUAAAACUUGGGGUCAAUGUUUCUUAAUGGGAGUUAAAAAGAUUAUAUAUGGGUUAAGAGAUGAUAAAUUUGUGUUAAGAACAGUGGAAAUUUAUGAUACUAAUGAAGUUCCCUUGUUAAUUAAGAAUAAUCCAUUAACUAAUGGUAAUAAUGGAGGUAAUGAAUCAAAUAAGAUCAAUUGUACAAGUGCAUUGAAAUGGUAUGGAGCUGUAUUGGAAUGGAUUAAUGAACAAGUUAUCGAUGAAGAUACAGCCUAUAGAUUAAGCUAUAAUAGUCAAUUAAAAACUAUGAUACUAAAGGAAUUACCAGAGGAAGAUAAUCAACGAUUGAGAAAUGGUGAAAUCUUGAAUGAAGAUUUUAUUAAUUGGCGUGAAAGCUUGAAAUGA